UAGGCAACACCCCAGAUACCAAAUCUUCAACAAUCAUAGAGAAAUUUACCGGAAAUGUCAUCUAAUGAGAUUUGUCAAGAAGGUCAGGGCUUUUUGGAAAAUUCACGUCGGAAGACCAUUGAGGGCAGAUUCAAAGCCAUUCCCAGAUUCAAGAGCUUCUUUUACUUUUUCGAUUUGGAAAAAGGAUGCAGGAUAAUAGCAGGUUUCGAGGCUUUGGUGAGCUUGAUACAGAUAUUGGGUAUAUAUUAUUUAGCCAAUCAAUCAGGGCCAAGUCAAAUGCUACCUGAUCCCUUUUGGAUCACAAAAAUUGAUAGGGAAGGAAUAAUCAAGAGGAAGUUACUUUAUCAUACUAGUCAGUACUUUUGCAUGGGACUCGGAUUGGUUACUCUACUCAAUUCGCUACUGCUGCUAAUUGGAAGUAAAUGGGGUCACCAGGUUUGCCUCUUUCUUUGGAUUUACAUCACGCUAUUCACUACUCUCAUAUCGAAUAUUAACAAUACCCUACGGAACUUUCAUUUUACGCAAGCUUUCAUAACAUUUCCCUCAUUGACUCUGGAGGGCUAUUUUGCAUUGGUAGUUGCAUCUUUGAUUUGUAAACUACACGAGAAACGAGAUGAUUGUAGCUCAUGCACCGAAAUGAACUCCUCAGACAGCAAAAAGCUGCAUUCUUCUUUUGAGAAUACCGAACAAAUAUAAGCAGAUUUUUGCUAUUUCUUUAUA